ACCCAUAUGAGGCCAUGACAAAUGUACCAGAGCAGGCAGCAGCAAACAGCUGCAACAUCACAGCACAGCAACCAUUCAUCUCUCCUCCUCCUUUCCAUCAUGUACACGCCCCUCCAAUCUCUCCUUCCCCGUCAACCAAGCCAGGGAAGAAAAUUAAAAGAAUCUCCACCCUCCAAGAAGCAGUGCAGGCUCUCUCCCAGCCAUCUUUGCUCCCGAUGGCCCAUCUGGACCAGGAGUUAUGUGAGGGGAGGAAAACCAACGCCAAGGCCAAAAGGAAAAGAAGCGAGGUGAGAAAAAAGGAGGAAUAGGAAGGGGGGGGGGAGGGGGGGAGAGGGAAGACAAGGCAAGAAAGAUAACGAAGGGGGGUGUCCUCAGAUGUGCAUCACCCAACCAAACCUCUCUCUUUCUCUCUCUCAUCCCUCCAAUUCCCAAACAAUACCACUGCCUUGGCUUGCCACAAAUGCCCCUCUGCAGCCCAGGAAACCCUUCCACCCAUCUCCACCGAGCAGGAAAACGCUAACCCAUCUCCUGUUCCCGAUUUAUAUGGGCCUUUUGGUCAUGGUCAGACCUCAGCAAAACAGGCGAAGGAAGAAACCCCACCUUUGUUUCUCCAUCGCCCCUUCUCUCUCUGCAAAGGGGGAACCUUUUCCCAUCCCGUUCCUUCCAUCUGUGGAUCUCUCCUCGUCUCCCUUCUAAAGGUGGGAUUUUGGGGCCGUGGUGAUGAAGAAGGGAAAGAGAUCGGUCAUGGGGUCUUCUCCGGCUUCCACUUAUUAUCCGGUCACCGAGGAGGCCAGGGCGCGGUUCAGGCACCAGAGUCUCUUGCAGGAUUAUGAGGAUCUGCUAAAGGAAACUGAAGCAAAGAGGAAGAAAUUGCAGAAGGCAAAUGAGAAGAAACUUAAGCUUCUGGCUGAAGUGAAAUUCUUGCGAAGAAAAUAUAGGUGCCUGUCGAGUAAUCCAUCAGGAAAGACUCCAUGUAGGCUGAACAAGAAGCCACAAAGCUCGCCAUCAUCAUUGCUGUUAACUGGUCGGCCUUCAAUUCCAUCCUUUCAACUCCCUGCCAAAGACCAGAGCUUCACAGCAAGAGAUGCUACUACUCCAAGCACUGCAGCAGUAAUAGACUUGAACCAGGUCUCCUUGCCGGUAACUAAUGCGGUCGAAAACUACAUGCACAAAUCACUGAUGUUUCAUACUUACUGUGAAUGUUCAUACGGCAGAUUGGCGAAGAAAUGGAUGAGUACCAGAUCAGCUUGGAGCCUGCAAAAGCCGAUAGGUUGAGGAAGAGUCCAAUGGAAGGUGAUGCCAUGGCUAAUGAUCUGAAGCUCUCGAUCUGCCGGGAUGUUGGUCAUGGAUCAAACCAGGUGGUUAAGAGAAAGAUCACAUGGCAAGAUCAGGUGGCUUUGAGAGUGUAGGCUGGUUCUGUGGCUUAUGAGGGCGAAAAAGACAUGCCCUAAACUAAUUUAGUUUCUGUUUGUUGGUAAUUGUUCUGCCUGUAAAGGAUAACUUAGAGGUCUGAUCCUCUUAAUAGUGAUCAUGAGCCUGUAAAGUUAAUGUUCUUUGUCACUCCUGAGGAUGAGCUUGAUAAAUUAGUCAUAACCAGCAGUUGAAUGUUUAU